UUUAACAGUUCAAAAUAAAAUGGAAGAGAGCAAAGAGAUAAAAUUUAACCAUCCAAGCCAUGAAGUGCACGCCAUCACUAAAAGAAGGGCUAAAUUUGAUAGCCAUCUUAUUUCGAAAGACAUUAUUGAUGUACUAAUUGUGUAUACAGGGGGCACUUUUGGCAUGGUUGAAAGUGAUGGCGGAUAUAUCCCCCAUUCGGAUCUUCUCAGUGCUUUAAAAACCUACAAGGAAUUUUAUGAUAAAGAUUUUCAAAAUGAUGUUCCUGGCACAACAGUGACACCUGUUACAAUGUUCAAAAACAGACUUCGCUAUCACUUGUAUGAGUAUAGGAAUCUUAUAGAUUCUUCUGAGCUAGUUGUUGACAAUUACAUAGAAGUUGCUCAGACCAUCAAAGAAAACUAUGACAAAUAUGACUCAUUCAUCGUUAUUUAUGGAACAGAUACAAUGGCUUUCUUGGCAUCCCAACUUUCCUUCAUGUUUGAGAACCUUGACAAAACUGUGGUCAUCACUGGCUCUCAAAUCCCUCUCUCGCAAUGGAGAAAUGAUGCUGAGGCGAAUCUUAUCGGAGCUCUCACAGUUGCUGCCCAUCAAAUCCCUGAAGUGAUGAUUUUCUUCGAUGGAAUUCUUCUAAGAGGCAACAGAGCGUGUAAAGAAAGCUCAACUUUACUUAGAGCAUUCAAUACUCCAAAUAUCGACCCUUUAGCUGUAUUCAACGUUUUCCUUAAAUUUAACGAUGGGCUCAUUCGUAAAAGACCAGAUAAAAGCAAGAAGUUUAGUGUAUUUGAAGACCUUAAUUCCAAAAUCUCAACUAUUUAUAUGCACCCGAUGAUCUCAGAAGAGAUCUUCUUAGGUUCGUUCAAGAGAGCAGAAGCUAUCAUCAUCCAAACUUAUGGGAUGGGAAACUUCCCUCUGAAGAGAAAAGGGAUGAUAAAAAUCAUUGAAGAUGCCAUCCAUACUUAUGGCAAGACAGUUGUUAUCGUCAGUCAAUGCAGAAAAGGCUUCGUUAAAGGUGCUUAUGCUAGUGGCUAUGAACUCGAGAAGAAAGGAGUCAUUCUAGCAGAAGAUAUGACUCUCGAAGCUGUUAUUUGCAAGCUUUCCUACAUUCUUGGAAAAGGUAUCAAAGGAGAUGAGAUAAAAAUAUAUAUGCUCAAAGAUCUUAGAGGUGAGAUAACCAUAGAAAAUAAUGAUACUCUUGACCAAUCUGACAUCGUAACUUCUCCUACUGAAGCAGGCCAAGAUUUGAGCUAAGUUUCAUGACAGAUAUCGAAGAUUGUGCUUA